AUGUUCAAUAACAUUGUACGAUUCUUGCCAACAGGAGUUGUUACAAAUCUUACGGCAGCUUAUUUUAAAGUUUCAGCUUGGAAAUCUGUAGGCUUCCGAGGCACUCAUAGUAUAACUCAAUCAGAACUACUCCCCAACAUGAAGGUCCAGGUUCUGUCUGCACUGAAGGACAAUUACAUGUACUUGAUUGUGGAUGAAGCAACAAAACAAGCAGCUGUUGUUGACCCUGUGGAUCCUGACAAAGUACUGCAGGCCGUACAGCAGGAAGGAGUGAAUUUAACAACUGUUCUUACAACUCAUCAUCACUGGGAUCAUGCUGGAGGGAAUGAAAACAUUGCAAAGAAAGUGGCAGGACUGCAAGUUUUAGGAGGUGAUGAGCGUGUGGGUGCACUCACCUGGAAGGUCAAGCACGGUGAUGAGUUGAAUGUGGGUAAUCUCCAUAUUCGCUGUCUGGCUACUCCGUGCCAUACGUCUGGACAUAUAUGCUAUGUAGUUGGUGCACAGGGAGAGCCAGCACCUGCUGUAUUUACUGGUGAUACUCUUUUCAUAGCUGGUUGUGGACGCUUUUUUGAAGGCACGCCACAACAGAUGUACCAUGCCCUUGUGGAAGUACUAGGAACAUUGCCUGAUGACACAAGGGUCUUUUGUGGCCAUGAAUAUACAGUUGCCAACCUAAAAUUUGCUGGACAUGUUGAACCUGCCAACCAAGACAUCAAAAGAAAAAUGGAAUGGGCACAGGGAAAACGUUCAAAGCAGGAACCAACAGUGCCAUCAACUAUUGGUGAAGAAAAGCGAAUAAACCCAUUUAUGCGUGUACAUGAGUCAUCGGUACAGAAGCAUGCAGGAUUGAGUGAAGCAAUUGCUACAAUGGGAGCCAUCAGAAAGGAGAAAGACUCUUUCAGAGCAUAAAAAUUUCAGAAGACUUAUAAAAAGAAGAGCUUGGUUCAUCUAAUGAAAGUUGAAGGUACGCAUUCCGCCAAUUAUCUCCAUGCUGGUCAAGGCAGUCCAUCAAAAAUCUGAAGAAAGAACUCUAUAUUCAGAAAAUUAACCUUUAAAAUCUUAGAACUGUGAAUGGCCUUACCCUGUAAAUAAAUAAGUAGCUGCAGAAAAUAAAUUUAAUGCCUAAUA